AUGUCUAAUGUUAAUAUUUAUGGUUCUGUAACUGCUGUAAAUAUUUCAAAUAAUGGUUCUCAAAAAGAAGUUCCUAUUCCAUUCAUUCCUACAACAAAAAAUUUGUUUCCGCAUUCCAAUGAACAGUUUUUACAGAAAAGUAUUUUAAAGAUAGAUGAUUGGUUUCCUGAUUGGUUAUUAGAAGAAACCAAGAAAGAAAAUGAGUUAGCAGAGAAAGCAUUCGAAUCAGUUGUGAACGCAAUUCGUGAAAAAGAUUUUUAUUACACAUUAAGUACUGGUUUUGUAUUGAUCAUCAACAACGAAAAAUUUGUUGAGGAAGAAAAUAGAGAUGGCUCGGAAGUAGACGUUCAAGCUUUAAACUCUUUUUUCAAAGGUACUUUAGGUUGGUGCGUAAAAUCCUGUAACAACCUGAAAAGGGAAGAUAUUAUUAAUAUUGUGUAUUCUCUCUCUCAAGUAAAGUGUUUUCCAUUCUCUGCGUUAUUUAUCGUUAUUUUAUCUCAUGGAUCAGAAUCUGGAAUACUUGGCAUCGAUUCAUCUGAAGAGAUAAAAAUCAACAGUCUGCUUGAAAACUUUAAAGCUGAUAAUGCUCCUGCCUUUGAUAAAAAACCUAAAGUUUUUAUUGUACAGGCAUGCAGAGGGGAAAAAGAUGAUAUCAGAAAAGAUGGUAUAAAAGAUGCUAAAAGAACUUAUUAUAAUGAAUCAACCAUUCCCAUGUUAAGCGAUUUUGUUGUUGCUUACCCAUGCGCAGCAGGAUACACUGCUCUAAGAUCAACAGUAAAAGGUUCGUGGUUUAUUCAAGAGUUGGUUAAAUGUUUGUCGAUAUUUUACGAUAAAGAAGACUUUUUAUCUAUUUUGAAUCGGGUAAAUUUCAAAGUUGCAAACGUUACGUUGCCACAAGGUUUAAAAGAACAGCCUUGUUUUGAGGUUGGUUUGCGCACGCGAUGUUUUUUUCAAGAGUAUUUCAGAAAAUUACAUAAUAUUUUAGAAUAUUACAGUUCGUUAAACUCCGAUACAAAAAAGUUACUAAUUAAAGGUGAUUUUUAA